UCACGACGUGCUAGUAUUACAGUACACAAAGAUUGGAUUCAGUGGCUGACAGCUGUUGAAUUUUACCAUAUUUUAACCGAUUUAAGCAUUUGUAUUGGAGUUUAAUUAUGGCUGGAGGUAGGAUAAGUUCAACAUUAUCGUCUGGACCAGCUGUGGCUCUGACAAAAACUAUCCUGACAAUAUUCAAUUUUAUUUUUUGGAUUUCUGGAAUAGCUGUAUUAGCCCUAGGAAUAUGGGCAAAGGUGGAGCUGUAUAUUUAUAUGGAGCUGUCAACAGUGUAUUAUGAGGAAGCCCCAUAUAUUCUCAUUGGUGUUGGAGCUAUCAUAGUUCUUGUUGGAUCAUUUGGAUGUUGUUGUACAGUCAAAGGUCAUUCAGUUCUUCUCUACAUGUAUGCGUGUUUCUUGGUGUUAGUGUUUGUGGUGGAACUGAGCGCAGGAGUGACUGGAUUUGUCUACAAGAAUAAGCUUGAGACAGGUUUCAAGGAGGGAUUGGGUACUGCCCUGAAACAGUACAACAAAGAUACAUUGAAGUUCAAAGCCUUUAACGGUCUCCAAGAAAAUCUACACUGCUGUGGUGAGAACAAGUAUCAAGACUGGUUUACCACACCGUGGGAAGUUGAACAGCGAGCCAAGAAUCUGACAAUGACCGUACCAGCGUCUUGCUGUAGAGUUGAGCAGAAUAAAUGCAAACACUUUGAUCUUCCUAAAGAUGCUAUGAACAAAACUCUCGAUAUUUACACCAAUGGUUGCUAUGACACAGUUACUGGUUUCAUGCAGAAGAACAUGGCCUUGAUUGGUGGAGUAGCACUGGGAAUCUCUUUCUUCCAGCUUCUAGGAGCAGUGCUGGCAUGCUGCCUCGCCAAGAAUAUCAACAAGUCCAAGUACGAACAAGUCAAGUAGAAUACAACUACAAGUCUGUGAUCUGUUGGUGCAAUAUUAUACACACUGUAGGAAAUUUUUGAAGAAAUUAUCAUGGCCACAGAGUUUACAAAUGGAGCAACGUUUUAUCAACAUAUUCCUUAAUUCUGUUAUCUUUUCUUUGUUAAUUUUUUACUUGAAAUAGAACUGUAGUAGUUUUUAAGAAUAUUUAUAGAAUAAAAUGAUAUGUAAAUAAAGUUGAUAUGUUAUUAAGAAGGAUUAGAUAGUUUGAAUUUAAUAACAGCGUGUAAUUAUCAGUUUCAGAUAUAUAUUUGUAUUUGCUCUAAGCUUUCUUUUUCCUCCCUAGAUUAGUACAUGUGUAUAUCCUGUUUUAUGUAUUUUGUUAGUGAAUGAACAAUUUUGUAAUAUUUAUACACAAUGCAGUAUGAAUUGACUUGAGUGAUUGCUAGUGGUAUCUGAAACUUGUAUGUUAUACCGGUAGUUCAUACAAAAAAAAUAUUUACUAAAGAUUAUAGGAAGAUAAAUAUUAGCUAAUAUUUGCUGAAAUGUAGUAGACUAUUUUUGUGUUUUUGUUUGCUUUAAUAUUGUACAAAAUGUAUAUCUCAAAAAAAUGCAGACAAAUGAAAUAUACUGGUACCUGUAUUUUACCACAUUUUUGUUAAACUGUUAUAAGAUUUUUCGCAGUUUUUUUAUGAAUUAUGUUUUGUCUCAGUUGAUUUGAUAAAUACAAUUUGCAUCAGUUGAUCGGAUAUUUAUGGAUUACCUCGGUUAUUAUUUGCAUCAGUUGAUUGGAUUAUGAAAAUUUGCCUCAAUUGUUUGGAAUUUUUAUGAUUCACCUCUGUUGAUUGGAUUUUGCAAUGUGCCUCAGUUGAUUUGAUUACACUUUGUGGCAAUUUAAUCGCUGGCUGUAGCCAGAAGGAUUUUUUUCUGUAAUAUUUUACUAUCAAGGCAUAGAAAAUUUUCUGUACUCAUCAAAUCAUUAUGUUUGUAUAAUGAAAAAUACCUAUAAUUUUAACAGGUUACUUGACAAUUUUUGUAAAUGAUCAUGAAUAACAAUAGAAUUUUUGUAAUUUAUUACAAAUUAUUGGACUAAAUUAUGUACUAAGUAAUAAAAAAAAUGUAGAUUUUUGGAUCUGUGAUUUACAUCAGAUUAUCAGACAGGACCUUUAAAGGACAGCAAAUGGAAGACAAGAUUAUGAAAUUAAAAGAAAAUUAUUGGAAUUUUUCAAAAUAAAUUUGUGCCCUGAUGAAGAACCAGAUAGGCUUGAAACUGGUAUAUCUUUAUUAAAAUUUUGUUUACAUUUAUCUGGUGUUGACAUGUGGUUUCUUUGUAUUUUUCCUUUUCAUCCAGUUUGUGUACUAUAAUGUUAAAAUAUUGCUAUAGUUUACUGGAUUAUAUUAGACUAAUUAUGUAAUUUUCUUUUUCUACAAGCAGGGCUCUGGAAAGUUUUAAAAGUUUUUAUUUAUCAGAUUAUUUAAAUAUGUAUUUAAUUUGGUUAUAUACUAAAGUAGGUCAUAUCAUAAGAAAUAUUUUUGUAAAGAAUUUUAUUAAAUUUAUUUUGGCAUCAUGUAUACCUUGUUACAUUGUUUUUUCAAUUUAAAAAUCUACUUCUCUAUGGCUGAGAAAUUUGAGGCAUUACUUCUAACAAUAGUUUUAUAAAAAAAAAUAAUGUUUUUGCUGUAUUAUACUCAAAGCAUUUAUAUUCUUCUGAAUCUCCUGUACAUGUUGUUUUUAAAUACAUGUAGUUAUAUCACAAAAUUAAUAUUACAUCAGAUAUACUGAAGCAGAUUUUAGUACUAUGCUGUAGAGGACAAAAGCUGUGCUUUAGAGAUUCUGUUUUUCUCUCUUUUUGUUUUCAUAUUGUAUAGUCCUUAAAAUUGUUGUUUUAUUGGAAAGAUAUACUAGAAUUGAAGUAGAAUUUAAAUUGAGUGGUCGUGCAUUGCUUUAUCACCCCUCCCAUAUGUAAGAGAGGUUUUGUUUAAAUGUCCUUAAUUUAUAUGAGAGGGUUUGCUUCUAUACCCCUCAUUUAUGAAAGGUUUUGCUUCAUUACCCCUCAUUUAUGAGAGGUUUUUAUUUCACUAUGUGACAUGUAUGUCAUAAGUAUAUGUCAUUUUGGAUAUCAAAAAAUGUCAGAACAAUAGUAAAACAAGAUUGGAUUUUAGAAAUGCUUGUUAUGCUUUCUUUUCUCAUUAUUAAACAACAUCCCACCCACACCCUACCUAGCGUCAUAUAAAGCCAGUUAAACUUGAAGUACUAGCCUAAUUGUUUUGCUAAUCUUGAUCCUUUUCAUAAAAGAAUUAUUAAUUUUUAAUCAAAUUGAUGUCAGAUAUAUUAAUCAAAAUAAUUUCUAGUCAAAAUGAUUUAAUUUCUUUAUAUUAUUUUUAAGUUGAAUUUUUUUUACUUUGUUUACAAGAACAAUUAACUUUUAAAAUAUGAAAAUAUUUUGUAUGUCCUUUUAUAUCUGCCUUUAUUUUUUCUGCAUAUAUGUUCAAUAUAUUUUCUCUGUAAGUUUAAGAAAGUAAUAUUGUUGGUUUUUUUAUUUCUUGCACAUAUUUCUAUGAUUAGAUUAUUGCUUAAACAGCUAUUCGGAAAUUUAUUGGGCAUCAACUACCAAUUGUUUUAUGUUGUGGACUUUGAAACACUUGCUCAUCAACUUUGUGUUUGAAUCUUGCCUCGGACUUUGUACUGCUUUAUUUAUGAAAGCUUUCUGGCUAGAUUACACAAGCUUGAUGGUUCUCGGUGACUUUAAGUUGAUGGGAUGUUGUACAAGAAUUAUAGACAAACUGAGUUAGAUAAAAAUAUAUUAAUAAAGGUUUAUAUACAUUGGGCAUAUGAAAGUUAUAUGCCACUGUAUAAAUCAAAAGUAACUCAGUACUCAGUUUAAAUAGGUAAAAAAAUUGUUUUCAAUUUUUUAUACUGAUAUAUUCCCAUAAAAAUUUAAUGUAAUUUUCUCCCACUUCACUUUAAAUAAGAAAUUUUACAUAAUUGAGCCGCGCCAUAACAAAACCAACAUAAUGGGUUUGUGACUAGCAUGGAUCCAGACACCAGCCUGCGCAUACGCUGGGUCUGAUCAGGAUCCAUGCUGUUCUUUAUCAGUUUCUCUACUUGUUAUAGGGUUGGUUAGCGUACAGCAUGGAUCAUCAGACUGCACAGAUGCGCAGGCUGGUCUUGAUCCAUGCUGGUAGCAAAUGCACUAUGUUGGUUUUGUCAUGGCGCGGCUCAAUUAUUAUUUGUCUCAUCAAAUAAUAAACAAAAAUAAUGAACCAAAAACAAACAAACAAACAUAAUUACAAUGUCGCUAACAGAUAUAGCUAUAAUCAAUGUCUUACUGUUACUUUACAAGUUUUAUAUAUUAGUUUUUAUUAUAUUUCAUUGCAAGUAUUAACCUAUGUGUAUUUUAAAGUCUGUUUUAUAUUUUUUCAGGAAUUUAUUACCCACCUUUUCUUGAAAGUAUUUACCUUUGAUAAUUUAUAAAAAUUGGUAAUUUUUCAUAAUGUAAGAAGUCUUCUUGCUUUUAACUUUUUUUUAAAAUUUAUUUACCAGAAUGUUUACAAAGUUGUGUUGUAUAUCAUACAAUUACGAUAUUGAAAUGUCAAGUUACACAGUUUUGUGUGGCAGCAUGACCGAGUGUCAGACUAGAAAUUUAAGGAUCCCUAUCCGCAUGGGUUUAAACCCCAUCAGGGGCAAGCCAUUGUUUCCUUGGGCAAGAAACUUAACACUUGUUGUAAAGCACUGGUUGGUUCCAGGAACAAAUUAGAGAGUGUCUAUAAGCUUCUAGCUUCAUAUAGUACUAAAAUAAAAAUUUAGUAUAAAAUAACUUACACAGCUUACAGAAAACUAUAGAAAACUACUCAAGUUUACUCAAUUACCCACUUGUGUCUAAUAUUGUGCACUUAAGUACAUAUUUGGGGUCUUGUGCCGGCAUAAAUUGUAUGUGUGAGAAUAGUUUCAAAUCAGUUUAAAAUGUGUAUAUAUUGCCACAUAUAUUUGUAAUGGUCUGAUU